UGAUCUUUUUAACAGACCAAAUUUAACAAAAACGAGAAAUUCAAAUCUAAUUUUUUCCCCAAUUCACGUUAAUUCACUAUUAAUUAAUCUUGCAGAAGCGGCAACCUAGUAUAGGUGAAGCAAAAUCUGCAUCCAUCCGAGCCGCCAUUGUUACUAAAGCUUCAAUUCCGAUUUCAUUUCAUCUCCUCCAAUCGAAAAUUGAAUUCCGAGUUGAAAACCCAGUUCCCUUCUUCUUCUUCUUCAAUGGCAACUCUGGAAGCAGGAAGAAAUGAGGGUUCUUGAGUUACAUCCUUGGAAGGAUUUGUUGCUGCCAUGUCUGGCAAGCCAUGGCGAAUCAUACCAAGACCCCUUCUGGAAACAGUCCUCAACAACCACGCGCAGCACCACCGCGUGCCUCAACCUCUCAUCCUCCACGGCCCCCGCGGCGUCGGAAAAACCACCCUCAUUCUUGAACGUCUGUAUGAGAAAUGGAACACAGGCCCUCACAUAACUGGUUACGUCGACUUUGCAGAGUCGAUAGAACAAUACCAUCCAAAGCAUGGCCACUCGUACCCAUACACCUCAUGGAAUCUUUGCCCACCUCCAAAACUCGCCACACUCAAGACUCAGCUCGAGAGCUGCCUCGAGUCAAUGGCUCGCCGAGCCAUCAAACUCGGAAACAUAAGCUCCGACCAAAUAUUCACCACACUCACCAAAUGGCACAGCCCAACCACUGUCCUUAACCAAAUUCUUAAAACCGACUCGGGUUCCAAAAUGCGCGUAGUGAAUAGAAAGAACAAAGUCUCCACCUCGAAUUUGUGGGAAACUGCAGUUUUCAAGUUAUCGGCUGGAGUGAGUGAACAAGAGUUGGAUGGGGUUUUUGAUAAGAGUGUUAGUGUGGAGGAGGGUUCGUAUUAUAAGGAGGCUAUGGCGGCACUUAAAUUGGCCAAAGAGGUGAUUGGUGCUCAAGGAAAAUGGAGGGAAAAUGCGAUUCGGGAUUUGAAUAGUAAGGGCGGGUUUUCUAGGUCGUUAGCAAAUUCUGCUACUGAUUGGCCUUGCCUUUUGCUGGAGUUAUUGUCUUUAUCUGCUGAAAUGGACUAUUUUCAGCCGAAGCUGGUGAUAAACAAUAUUGAGGUUCUGAAGAAUGCUGUAAGAGAAGAUGAUAAAACAAUAUGUGGAUCUAUGUAUCACGACAGUCUGAUUUGGAGAAUCAUAGGAUUGGGUGCAAACGAGAGGUGUCUUCCAGUUGUUCUCGUAACAUCUGACAGCUACUACUCAUACCGAGCUUUUAUGGAUUUUGGAUUUCCCGAUAUUUUCAUCUCCCGCGAGACGUUUGGGUGGACUCCAGCAGAAGCAAAACUGCAUAUGGUCGAUGACUAUUUUAGUCAAUCUGAGUGGAAUGUGAUUGUCGACGUACUGGGUCCGAAUCCAAGACAUCUUUUUGAGGUUUAUGCACUCAAGCUCAGUAAUUAUUACCAGAAGGUGAUGAACUAUGAAAGUACGUUUGAAGAUAUCGUGGAUCUCUAUUUAGCAUAUUUGCAAGUAAAUGUGGUAAAUCCUGCAAUGGAUAAAGCACUGUUGCUCCUCGAGAAAUUUGCUGUCGAUGCACAAAGUGGAAAAAUCCCGAAAGACAAAUUACGACUCGGUGCCCCUUGGAGGCACCCCCCUAAAAAAGAUAUCUCACUUUGGGCUAAAAUUCAGCUAAUGGACUUUAUUCAGUCUCUCGUCAGUACGGGUUUUGCGGUCAACUAUUUUGCGGAUUGUUCUCUCGAGUUAUUGGACGAUCCCUCUGUUCUUGCCAUGCUAGAGGUCGGUCUGUUGUACACCCAGCGGGACCCGUCAUUCAUUCGCCCCGUUACCCGUGGUAUUCAGAGAUGCCUUGUGAGAUGGCUUGUUCAAGAAAGGAUUGGCUUGAGCUUCAAAAACUCCGUCCGGUACAGGUGGCAGCGUGCUAUUCGAGGACGCAGCUAUCGACAUUUGUUGUUAUAUAACAAGUAGUCGACGGCAAUAAAGAGACGAUGUUCGUUAUCGUACGGAGAACUCUUUUGGCCAUCAAAUUACCCAAUUUACCCUUCAACGUGGAAUCACUCUGGGGGCAAAUUAGGCAAUCUACAGAUGCAAUCUCUGUUCUGUUCCACAAACCAAACGAGAAAUCGGGAGUUAUACGUGUGUCGUAUUUAUACUUUAGAAUACAAAAUUUUGAAGAUUCUUAAGAGCAACCUAGUUUGCAUUGAGGAUGUGGGACAAGAACAAAUAUGCUUAGAUUGUUAUUUUUACAUAUUUUUUUGUUUUAAAUUAAAAUAAAACCGAGGGUGUUUUAUUUAUAGGAGUAAUUACAUAUAAGCCCAUCAAAACUAAUAUUCUUGCAAAUAGGUCUUGUCGAAAA